UGAAAGCUGCCUGUCUGUCUAGCGGAGAAGCCGAGUAGCGGAGCUCGAAUGGGAUAGCCUACUCUUCCGAUACUAGUGGAGUGAAGGCGUAUCUGUCGGAUAAUAUGCAACCGAUCAGUGAUCACUCUAGAAAAGAGACGUCGCCGUUUCAGUUCCAUCUUAAAUAGCUAGGCUACACUGAUGACGGAUAUCCAAGCGGAUUGCCUCGUGAUUCCAGCAUUGGUGGCAAGAGCAAGAAUAUUCCCCAAAACAAGACGCGGCUUCUGAGGUCAACCUGUCUGCAAAUGCACCCUACAAAUUAAAACGCGCAUUUCAAUCAUUUACCCCAUAUUCAUACAACAAGUUUCAGCGAUCCGAACUCGUUUUUUUGGACCUUUCCCCUUCAGCCAUGGACGAAGACAAUCAAGUACCUGAAGACCUCUCCUUGGAAGAGAGAGAUGAGCUGUCAAACAUACGACGCAGGAAAAAAGAGCUACUGGAUGACAUUGAGCGGUUGAAGUUUGAGAUUGCGGAGGUGAUGACUGAGAUCGAGCAGCUAACCUGCGUGGGGGAGAGUAAAACAACCCAAAGAAAUAAACAGAUCGCCAUGGGAAGGAAGAAGUUCAACAUGGACCCCAAAAAGGGGAUCCAGUUUCUGUUGGAGAACGACCUUCUUCAGCACACUCCUGAGGACGUAUCCCAGUUCCUCUACAAAGGAGAGGGCCUCAACAAAACUGUCAUAGGGGACUACUUAGGAGAGAGGGACGACUUCAACCUCAAGGUCUUGCAGGCGUUCGUAGACCUUCAUGAAUUUGCAGAUCUCAACCUCGUACAGGCUUUACGACAGUUUCUGUGGAGUUUCAGACUGCCUGGUGAGGCUCAGAAGAUCGAUCGUAUGAUGGAGGCCUUCGCCUCGCGGUACUGCUCCUGCAACCCCGGUGUCUUCCAAUCCACAGACACGUGUUAUGUCCUGUCCUUCGCCGUCAUCAUGUUGAACACCAGCCUUCACAACCCCAACGUCAGAGACAAGCCACCCGUAGAGAGAUUCAUCUCCAUGAACAGAGGCAUCAACGAGGGAGGAGACCUACCAGAGGACCUACUCAGGAAUCUCUAUGAGAGCAUUAAGAGUGAACCCUUUAAGAUCCCAGAGGAUGAUGGGAACGACCUGACUCACACGUUCUUCAACCCAGACAGAGAAGGAUGGCUGCUCAAACUGGGGGGAAGAGUGAAGACCUGGAAGAGAAGGUGGUUUAUCCUGACAGACAACUGCCUGUACUACUUUGAGUACACAACAGAUAAGGAGCCUCGUGGGAUCAUCCCCUUAGAGAACCUCAGUAUCAGAGAAGUGGAGGAACCCAGGAAACCAAACUGCUUCGAGCUCUACAACCCCAACCACAAGGGUUCGGUGAUCAAGGCGUGUAAGACGGAGGCGGACGGCCGGGUCGUCGAGGGCAACCACACGGUGUACAGGAUAUCAGCGCCCACGACUGAGGAGAAAGAGGAGUGGAUCAAAUCCAUAAAGGCGAGCAUCAGCAGGGAUCCCUUCUACGAUAUGUUGGCCACCAGGAAGAGACGGAUCGCCAACAAGAAGUGAGGAGGGACAUUCCUUCCCAGGACACCCCUCAUCCCAGUGCACCCCAAACCCCCUUCCCUCAGCCCACCAAUCCUCUUCCCCAGACAGACUUUACUCAUGAAAUUAAACACCCCUUCCACAAUCCCCCCUCCCUCCCUCCCUCCCUCCACUCCCACGGACAGACUCCACUCAUGAAGUUCCCUCCCUACUAUCCCUCUCGCCCUGGACCCCCAGAACAACUUGUCACUAGAGAGAUGGAUGGCCAACCAAAGAUAGCCAUCUGACCCUUCAGACCCUGAUAGAACUCCCACCCGGUCUUGAAGGCAACGAGGAAAGGCUCCGGUCUUGAAGACAACCCCCCUCCCCAUUCUGGACACUUCCCUAGCCCUGGCUGCAGUACCAGGGGCUGGAGUGACAGGGACAUGACAUGAUGUCCCAAGACUAAAGCAGAGGACCAAUAUAUGGGCCAACACAGGGAGACAUCCCUCUAUAGCACCAGUGUGGUUCAGCCACACUACAGACUACCAAGGGAAGCAAGUGGGAUAUAUUAACCUGUAUUAACACUCUCUCUCUCUCUCUCUCUCUGUCUCGUCUCUUUACUCCCCCGCAAUGCCCUCCUGUGUUUCCCACACUGCUUCUGAUUACUUCCAUGUGUUUCUAGCAGGGGUUGGAACGGACAUUAUUUCCCAAUCGUUCCGUUCCGAGCAGAACCCAUAUUUAUUUCAUUCCGUUCCGGUGUUCCGACCAGAAAAUAAAGUUCUGAACCGGUUCGAACCCCAAAAAAGUAACGGUUCAUAUAGUUCUUUUUGGUAAUUCUUUUACCUGUGAAAUCAACAUGUGUUUUUACAUUUAGCUAAUAUUUACUCCACCAAUUAGUGCCGAUAGAGCAGCUUGCUAUGGAAUGGGUUAGAUCGUUGUUUACAUGUUUAAUUGGUCAGAUAAUUGCAGGUGCGAGAUGCGACUGAAACUUAAUGGGUGGGGCAAGAGUGAGAGAGAGGGGUGGACAUGGAGGGGGCUUGGCUUGAAGCGCUAAACAUCAUGACAUGACUUGAAUUGGAAUGUGUGUAGGCUAUUACUAGCAUUAUAACUUCACCAAAUUACAGAAUAUUAUAUACUAUAAAUUAGGAAUAUUUUUGGAACUCAAAAUAACAUUAUUACCCGGUUCUCAAGAUUUGAAAAUAACAGUUAUGUUGCGGAACACUAGAGAUCACUUUCGUACACGGUUCUGUUUCCGUUCCUCAAAACAUUUAUUUAUUUUUCUGUUCUGUUCCCUGAACCGGUUCUAACCCCUGCUUUCUAGGUGUCUUCUGCGUUUGGAUGACUUGAAAAGCAAAACUGCCACUUAUCAGAUGCACAUGCAUGUAUGUCUGUUUGUAGAUAUACCAUAAAGUGCGUGAGAAGUGGGUGUGCUAACUUGUGUGUGUAUCUACACAGUAUCUAUGCAUGUACAGUUGAAGUCGGAAGUUUACAUACACCUUAGCCAAAUACAUUUAAACUCAGUUUUUCACAAUU